CAGAAUUGGAAUAGUGCGUGAAGAGAGGAACAUGAGGGGGCGGAGUUACAGACAGGUGGACUAGUCGCUCUCCGUCUGUGGUGCUGAAAUCUCCUUUCACUUUCAACCUGGACCUCCUGCACCUCUUUUCACAUUCUCCUCCAAAAUCCUUCCUCGAGAACUUUACACGGUCGUCCUUUUUAAUAUUGAUUCAUCAUCGGGUGGAUCUUAAAGAUGUCUGUUCGUGGAUUAAGACUGCGCAAGGCAAAAGCGGACUUACUGGAGCGCCUCUUUGUGACUGUGGAGGCAGUCUUUUCACACUGAGCGUCUUCCUGCUGCACCUUCUACAUCUGCUUCUUCCAAGCUCUUUUGGAUCGUCAAGGCAUUUUGUGGCUUAAGGAAACUUGAAUUAUUUGGAUUAUACUCAAAAUAUGCACAUACUUGCAUUUCUUCUAGAAUAGUGUAUAGUGAGCAUUUUGGAUAUGGAGGCUGGCAAUGAGAGAGCUAUUCCUACCUCUAAAGAGGGGUUGAAACAAAUAGCAGGGAAGGCUCUUGGAAGUCUGUACAGGCGGUUGGAGAAGCGGCAGCAGACAGGUGAGACCAUCGAGCUGACCGAGGAUGGGCGGCCCCAGGCGGAGCAGGGCCGCAGGGGGCCCCUGUGCGACUGUACGUGUUUCGGGCUCCCUCGCAGGUACAUCAUCGCCGUGCUCAGUGGCCUCGGCUUCUGCAUCUCCUUCGGCAUCCGCUGCAACCUGGGCGUGGCCAUCGUGAGCAUGGUGAACAACCGCACCGUCCACCAAAACGGGAAGAUCAUUAUUUUAGAGAAAGCAAAAUUCAACUGGGACCCUGAAACUGUGGGGAUGAUUCACGGCUCCUUCUUCUGGGGCUACAUCGUCACCCAAAUUCCAGGAGGAUAUAUUUCCUCCAGACUGGCUGCCAACAGGGUUUUUGGGGCUGCCAUUGUGCUGACAUCUACCCUGAACAUGUUCAUCCCCUCUGCCGCCCGCGUGCACUACGGAUGUGUCAUCUUUGUGAGGAUAUUACAAGGCUUGGUGGAGGGAGUGACUUAUCCAGCCUGUCACGGGAUCUGGAGUAAAUGGGCUCCUCCACUGGAAAGAAGUCGUCUGGCAACCAUCUCUUUCUGUGGGUCCUACGCUGGCGCUGUUAUAGCCAUGCCUCUGGCUGGAAUCUUGGUCCAGUACACUGGGUGGUCGUCGGUCUUCUAUGUGUACGGAACCUUUGGCUUGAUCUGGUACAUGUUCUGGAUCUUGGUCUCCUUCGAGAGCCCGGCCGAGCACCCGACCAUUACUGAGGAGGAGCGCCGUUACAUCGAAGAGAGCAUUGGUGAAAGCGCCCAGCUGAUGGGCGCCAUGGAGAAAUUCAAGACCCCCUGGAGGAAGUUCUUCUCCUCCAUGCCCGUCUAUGCAAUUAUUGUGGCCAAUUUCUGCAGGAGCUGGACAUUUUAUUUGCUGCUCAUCAGUCAGCCUGCAUACUUUGAAGAGGUGUUUGGCUUUGAAAUAAGCAAGGUUGGACUCUUGUCAGCGCUCCCCCACUUGGUCAUGACCAUCAUAGUGCCCUUAGGAGGCCAGUUAGCUGACUACCUGCGUACACACAACAUCAUGUCCACCACGAUGGUGCGCAAGAUCAUGAACUGUGGAGGGUUCGGUAUGGAGGCCACUCUCCUACUGGUGGUGGGUUACUCUCACAGUAAGGGGAUGGCCAUCUCCUUCUUGGUGCUGGCUGUGGGCUUUAGCGGGUUUGCAAUAUCAGGUUUCAAUGUCAACCAUUUAGACAUCGCUCCACGCUACGCCAGCAUCCUGAUGGGCAUCUCCAAUGGAGUUGGCACCCUGUCAGGGAUGGUCUGCCCUCUAAUCGUGGGGGCCAUGACAAAGAAUAAGACCCGGGAGGAGUGGCAGUAUGUCUUCCUGAUUGCCUCCCUGGUGCAUUAUGGGGGCGUAGUUUUCUACGGGCUCUUUGCCUCUGGAGAAAAACAACCAUGGGCCGACCCGGAGGACACCAGUGAAGAGAAGUGCGGCUUCAUUGACGAGGACGAGCUGGCUGAAGAGACAGGUGACAUCACGCAGGGUUACGGCGCUAUGGGCGGUCCGGCUAAAAGCUAUGGGGCCACGGCGCAGCUCAAUGGAGGUUGGGUGCAGGACUGGGAUAAGACGGAGGAGUAUGUUCAGGAACCAGCUGGAAAGAUGUACUCAGAGCGAGGCUACUCUUAGAGCAGAUGUCUGCAAAAUCAACAAUUGCACAAUUUAACAUUAGAUAGAUGAAUCCAUUCUGUGAAUUCUAGUUGUAUGGCUGCUCUAGUGUCCAACAGCCACUCGUCAUCACAUCUAUAUUCAGCGUAGAGACGUUGCAAAGCAAGCUGCAGGCGUAUGUUGUACAGUCGUUCUUUGGCACACAAACCUCAUCAGUUUACGGCAGUGGUUCUCAAUUAUUUUCUGUCAUGCCCCCCCAGGAGACAGAAAGGUUUUCACGCCCCCCUCGAUUUGCAAUACUAUUGAAAUUUGAUUUGUCUGUACUGUAAAGACUGAACUCGAAACCGACACCAGGAAAAUGCAACAAAAUGGGAGAGCCGUGAAGCACACAAAAGAGUCAACUUGCAUGCUGAGUACGAUAAAUUGAUACAUGUUGGCGGGUCCGCACUGACACUGAAAGUACUCCCUGUCUCUCACACCCCCGUCGACAGUUCGCCACACCCCCCUCAGGGGGGCCUGACCCACUAAUUGAGAAGCACUGUUUUUCAUGAACGACAUGAGCAACAUUGCACUGCAGCAGACCGUCACGCAAGGUCUCUCUCUGAUUGCACUGAAACUAUUACGAGAAUUCUAAAAAUCAGAUGAUAUUGUGUUUUAUGUACUGUAUAUACCUGUAUACUGUUUCUGUGAGACUAUUGUGGAUUUGGGUCGUUGAUCUGUGUGUAUCAUUGAUAUAAAAAGGCCAUAUUUUUCAUGGACAGUACCUUUUCAGGGAGACGUCCGCUUGCAAAAAAGGUCUUCUCUUUGUCCUCGAGCGAGGCCUGUAAUACUCUCUAGGGCGAGUGAACCUUAGGGCGCGUUUACACUUGUCAUGUUUGGUUCGGUUAAAACAAACUCUACGUUGGAAAUACUUGCAUUGUCUGCUCACUGUGUGACAAGGGCGCGCUUUAAAAUAAUAUUUUAUAAGGUUUUUGUGAAAUCUAAGCUUAUAGAUAUAGCCGAGUGUCAAAAUAACCAUCGUGUUCAACGUAGAAGAUGGCAUUUUGGUUUGGAAUAUUUCAGUUAUGUCACAUAAUAUGGUAUGAGCAUCCCAACCAAAUCCUUACUUUAUGAAUAUGUUCUUUACUGUGCAGCCUUUGGUCCCAUGACAAAAACACCAGUGUGAAUCGUGCGAAAGUGGUCACCGAGUAUCUUUUUUUAUUUGCGGUCCGGACCAGAGAACUGAACCCCAAGUGUGAACGCAGCCUUAGGAUCGUUGUGUGUGUUUGUUGCAUGACUUCGCUCUGAUCAAUGUUGAGAUGCGGCAUUGUCCUCAUUCAGUGUCCUGCUUGAUAGAUGAGAAAAAACCUCUCAAAACCAGACGGUAAUGUGAGACAAAUCCAAAGCCUUCAAGAGGGCGGUGGUUCAUCCAAGUUUGGUGUGCACUGCAAUAAACCCUGUGUAACGGCUGCUACCCAUCACCAUGUUCUGUUUUUGUAACGUAACCCUUGCUUGCUGUAUCUACCUGUUAUUGUUUUGGAGUCAUGUGACGCUCAACAAUAAGAUGUGUGUUUUUAAACAUUUACUCGUGUUCCGAGAGUACAGCUUUAGUGCUCAUGGUGCCGACUUUUGACAGUGAGGAAUGCAGUACUGUGUGUGGACAACUACCUUGGUGUUUCUUGCUUGUUCUCACCCAAGCUACUUUUAUGGACCAAUUUCAUUCAUAAAAGGCUCUUCCACUUGAAUUGAUUUGCUAUGCCCCCGCCCCCUAUUUGCUGUAUGAAAUCUGCAAGGAUGUUUAAAAUAUAUGAAUAUUUAAGAAUGUUGACGACGACCAAAAGAUAUUAUUAUGGCAUUGUGCCUGAAUUUGAUGUAUACAGAUAAAUGUGAUUUGGAUCAAAUAUUGUGUUUAACAAAGAGGUAUGUUGAUGUUGAAAAGUGCUAUAAAAAUGCUCAAUUUAUAUAUAUAAAAAAAAAACAACCCAAAAGUUAUGCUU